UAAAAUUGUAUUCACUGGAAAAACUAGAGCUACAAACAGCUCGUUUACGGUGAUACAAUUGAAAGUGUUGUUUAUUUUUAAUUAAAAGAUCCGCGGUAUCACAAUUUCCUUUGCGGUUCAUAUUAGAUGAAUUGUUAAACCGCGCUGAUCAGUGUGUAUUUUGUGAUUGGUAUAUUCCUGGUUCUGUGGGAGACAGACCCGUUCAGACACUGAGGGAGAGCAGAGAGGAGAUCUGAAGAGCAGAAAGGACACAUUCACUGAGGAGACGGUCAGAGCGAGUGACUGGAGCACUAGAGCCGUGCUGCACAUCCCACUGACAAUACCUGAAGACUGCCUUAUCCUGGUGAAAGCCAAAGAACAACGAUGGAGUCUGUUUACAUUAAACAGGAGGAGGUUAUGGAAUUGGUACCUGUCUGCAUUAAACAGGAGAUGCCUGAACUGGAACCUGUCCACAUUAAAGAAGAGACUGAACUGGAGCCUGUCCACAUGAAAGAAGAGACUGAACUGGAGCCUGUCCACAUUAAAGAAGAGACUGAACUGGAGCCUGUCCACAUGAAAGAAGAGACUGAACUGGAGCCUGUCCACAUUAAAGAGGAAGAGACUGAACUGGAGCCUGUCCACAUUAAAGAGGAAGAGACUGAACUGGAGUCUGUCCACAUUAAAGAAGAGACUGAACUGGAGCCUGUCCACAUUAAAGAGGAAGAGACUGAACUGGAGCCUGUCCACAUUAAACAAGAGACUGAACUGGAGCCUGUCCACAUUAAAGAAGGGACUGAACUAGAGCCUGUCCACAUUAAAGAAGGGACUGAACUAGAGCCUGUCCACAUUAAAGAAGAGACUGAACUGGAGCCUGUCCACAUUAAAGAAGAGACUGAACUGGAGGCUGUCCACAUGAAAGAAGAGACUGAACUGGAGGCUGUCCACAUUAAAGAAGAAGAGACUGAACUGCAGCCUGUCCACAUUGAAGAGAAGUCUAUUGGCUGCUUGUUUAAGGAUACAGAAAAAAUAUCCCUGCCAAAGAUAUCACAUCAAUGUAAUGAAUGUGGGAAGAGUUUCAGCUGGCCAGGAAACCUAAAAACACACCAGCGAAUUCACACUGGAGAGAAGCCAUAUCAAUGUACUGAAUGUGGGGAGAGCUUCAGUGCGUCAGGAGGCCUAAAAAGACACCAUCGAUUUCACACUGGAGAGAAGCCAUAUCACUGUUUUGAAUGUGGGAAAAGCUUCACUGAGAAAGGAACACUAAACAAACACCAGCGAAUUCACACUGGAGAGAAGCUGUAUCAAUGUACUGAAUGUGGAAAGAGCUUUAAUGUGUCAGGAGGCCUAAAAAGACACCAUCGAUUUCACACUGGAGAGAAGCCGUAUCACUGUUUUGAAUGUGGGAAAAGCUUCACUGAGAAAGGAACACUAAACAAACACCAGCGAAUUCACACUGGAGAGAAGCCGUAUCAAUGUACUGAAUGUGGGAAGAGCUUUAAUGUGUUAGGAAGCCUAAAAAGACACCAUCGAUUUCACACUGGAGAGAAGCCGUAUCACUGUUUUGAAUGUGGGAAAAGCUUCACUGAGAAAGGUAAACUAAAAAAUCACCAGAGAAUUCACACUGGAGAGAAGCCAUAUCAGUGUGUUAAAUGUGGGGAGAGCUUCAGUCGGUUAGGAAGCCUAAAAAGACACCAGCGAAUUCACACUGGAGAGAAGUCAUAUCAAUGUACUGAAUGUGGGGAGAGCUUCAGUGAGUCAGGAAGCCUAAAUAGACACCAACGCAUUCACACUGGAGAGAAGCCGUAUCACUGUGUUAAAUGUGGGGAGAGCUUCAGUCAGUUAGGAAACCUAAAAAGACACCAGCGAAUUCACACUGGAGCCAGCCUCCCUCCCUCCCAGUCCCUCACCUCUCCACCCUGCUUGUUGGAGUGUGGAGAGCUGUCUGAUUCCUUGUCUCUCUCUCACCCUGCAGUAAAUGAAGGGGGUCCCCAGGAGUGAGAGCCAGCCUGAAUCCAGAGACACUGAGAAGGGGAGCGUGUCAAACUGAAGGAGACAGACCCAUUCUUUCAGAAUGAACUGCAUUGGAAAUUAACCCUUUGCGGUCCAUUGUCGGACCUGGUCCCACAUUGCAAUUAUUCC